UCCUCUGUGUGCGUCCCCUGCUUCAUCAACCCACUUCCCAUUCUCCUCGCUGCCGGCCAAAACAGCCGCCAUAGAAAUGUUUAGCUCCUCCUACUAUAGCCCUUCUUCUACUUCACUCUCUUUCAUCGGCUUCCCUGGCGGACUUAUUUGCUCCGGCGAACUCCAACAUACGAAAGCUUCCAUAUCUGACGGCGGCGCCGGCGCCACCAGCUCCGGCGUUAAGGUCGAGCGCUACAGCUCCAAGGACCGGAGGGAGAGGAUUGAGAGGUACCGGAGUAAGAGAAACCAGAGGAACUUUCACAAGAAGAUAACUUAUGCUUGCAGGAAAACGUUAGCUGAUAGUCGGCCGAGGGUGAGAGGGAGAUUUGCGAGGAACGACGAAGCAGAGCAGGAAACAGACUCGCCGGAGAGCGGCGCAGCUGGAAGUGAUUGGUGGAGAAAAAUGAAGGCGGCGCUGACGGCCGCCGGCGAGGAAUGCUAUUAUGAUGAAGAAAUCUGGGCGAGCUUGGAUAGCGCCCACGAUAUGAACCUCAGCAGCUCUGCUAUCGUACAAGCCAAAAAAUGAAGUAAACUUGUCUGCUUGGUGUUGAAUAUAUUGAUUUGAAUAAAAAUAAUAUUUAUUAAAAUUUUUUGAGAUGUAUU